CCACUAGACCUUCUUAUUCUACUUCAUUUCCUCAUCAUCCUUUUUUUCUCUGUUAAUUCUGCAAUGGUGAAAUUCUCGAAAGAGCUGGAAGCCCAACUUAUACCCGAGUGGAAGGACGCUUUCUUAAACUAUUGGCAGCUAAAGAAACUAAUCAAGAAAAUUAAGGUUGCAAGAGAACGCAAACAUGUCGAAGGCCAAAACUCCGACGCCGGCCUCUCCAUUUUCGAACCCAUGCGUGCUUUAGUCAAGAAAAUUUCCGACAAGUUUCAACGUUGUUCCGUCGAAAAUCCCGACGAAAGAAUUCAGGUGAAGGGAAAUGGUAUUGAAGAUGACAAUGGCAGUGGAGAAGAAGAAACGUAUGAUGAGCCUGAAAAUGAGCUAGCUCAGCUAUUUUCCGAGGAAGAUGAGGUGAAAAGAUUUUUUGUAAAAUUGGAUGAGGAGCUGGAGAAAGUUAAUGAGUUUUACAAGAUGAAAGAGGGUGAGUUUGUUGAAAGAGGGGAGAUUUUAAACAAUCAACUUGAAGUUCUCUUUGAUCUCAAGCAAGUCCUCAAUGAUCGCCGCAAAGGUCUCCCAUUGAGCUCACCAUCGUCUAACUUGUACAAUGACAACAACAUCGAUUUUUCUGAAGGUGCAGCAGACGACGUGAUUGCCACCUUAGAAAAGGAGGGGAUAAAAUCAGUUAAAGAAUCAUCAACGGCGGCAAAGUUCAAAAAGACGGCGGUGAGAAUUGAAAUUCCGGCGACGACGCCGGCACAAACCGUCGCAGCUCUUACGUCUAUGCGUUGGGAUGAUUUGGUAAGUGAGGCUAAUCAUAAGAAGGAUAAUGGCAGUAGUAGAGAUUAUAUCCGCAAGAAGAAAAUCCAAUGUGCUGAAAAGAUUAUAAGAGGGGCUUUUGUGGAACUCUACCGGGGCCUCAAGUUACUAAAAUUAUACAGCUCUCUGAAUAUGGUGGCUUUUGUGAAGAUCCUUAAGAAAUUUGAUAAGGUAUCUAAACAGCAAAAAUCUACAACUUAUUUGAGCCAAGUAAAAAGAUCACACUUCAUUAGCUCUGAUAAGGUGGUUGGGUUAAUGGACGAAGUAGAGUCCAUAUUCACACAGCACUACGCCGAUAAUGACAGAAAAAAGGCAAUGAAGUUUCUAAUACCUCAACGCCACCACAAAGAUUCUCACAUGGUCCCCUUUUUUGCUGGACUAUUCACAGGUUGUUUCAUGACACUGUUUAGUGUGUAUGGAAUAUUGGCACAUUUAAGUGGCAUGUUCUCCCCAGGAACAGAAGCCAGUUACUUGGAGACGGUAUACCCUGUUUUCAGCAUUUUUGGUUUGCUGAGCUUGCAUUUGUUCAUGUAUGGGUGCAAUCUAUACCUAUGGAAGAAGACAAGGAUCAACUACAACUUCAUAUUUGAAUUCCAACCAAACACAGCCCUCAAACACUCGGAUGCUUUCCUAAUUUGCACUUCUUUGAUGACUCUUGUUAUGGGGGCCAUGCUUCUUCACCUACUUCUUCUUUCCAGUGGAUUUUCUCCUAACCAAGUCAAAGCCAUUCCUGGAUUCAUCUUUCUGUGUUUCCUGGUAUUGGUUGCCUGUCCAUUGAAUAUAUUCUAUCGUUCGACGCGAUUCUGCUUUCUUAGGGUGAUGCGAAAUAUAGUCUGCUCUCCAUUGUACAAGGUUUUGAUGGUAGAUUUUUUCAUGGCUGAUCAACUUACUAGCCAGAUCCCAUUGUUAAGGCACAUGGAAACAACCGUUUGCUACUAUGUUGCUGGAAGCUUCAAAACAUACAAUUCCCAGGCCUGCCAAUCUGGAAAGAUUUACAGAGAGUUUGCUUACAUUAUCUCCUUUGCACCAUACUUUUGGCGUGCUUUGCAGUGUGGCAGGAAAUGGUUCGACGACAAUGACGUUAAUCAGCUGGCGAACUUAGGAAAGUAUGUUUCGGCCAUGGUUGCAGUUUGCGCUAGGCUAACCUAUGCUAGAAACCCUGACUCACAAAUUUGGCUAGCAAUUGUGUUAGCCACUUCAGUAAUAGCCACCAUCUACCAAUUGUACUGGGAUCUUGUCAAGGACUGGGGAUUUUUCUCACACAAAUCUAAAAAUCCCUAUCUCAGGGACAACCUCAUACUCAAGAACAAGACCAUUUACUAUGUAUCAAUAGCGUUGAAUGUGGUGUUGAGGCUAGCUUGGGUGGAAACCGUGAUGCGUUUCAAUGUUGGGAUGCUAGAAUCGCGACUACUUGACUUCUCGUUGGCGUCGUUGGAGGUCAUUCGGCGUGGACACUGGAACUUCUACAGGCUGGAGAAUGAGCAUUUGAACAACGUUGGGAAGUUCAGAGCAGUUAAGGAGGUUCCAUUGCCAUUUUAUGAGACAUGAAACCCCAUCUGCACCUCAUAUAUUAUAUUGUCUGAUCGACAUCAAAAGCUAGCUAGUAAAC